AUGCGCAGGUGCGGGGAAUCGAAAUUCUAUGUAUCAACACACUUUGACAUACCUUUUCGCAGUUUCUGUUCCCGAUCUCUACGCUUCAUGCAGCAUUAUCAUGACGGUCUUAAUGGAGCGGAGGCCGCUUGGGCAGCAAAGAAGUACUCCAGCCAUCGUGUACUCCCCCCUGGUAUUAUCCUCGAGCGUGCGGACGCCGCUACAUCCGCAUAG